GAAGAGGGGAGAGAGAAAAAAAUAACGUUUUUUUUUUGCGGCCAGAAGGGAGGCUAUCCCGUGAUGGAUUGUGGAUGCAAAGAACUUCGACAGACAAGCAGAUAUUUUUCGAAUCGCUUCUGAAGCUGCAUCUUUCUGCACAAGGACGCCGGUGAAGGAUGAUUCUUGGAACCAGCGGCGACAGGAGCGCGAGCGGUGAUGGUGUGAUAUGUCCAUAGACGGCGAGGGAGGGAGGGGAGAGUGCACGGGAAAGAAAGAGGGAGGGAGGAGAGUACUACGCCAGCUAAAUAUGCUUUUUUUUUUUUUUUGUAGAAACACGAUGUAUUACAACCAUCCAAUCGAGCGUUUCACAUAAAUAGAGAAAACGAUUAUUUAUCGAAAGAAAAAUAACAUUGUUGACAGACGUUGACUGGGGGAAUACAGAUUGAGAGAAGUCUAGGCUAGUCCGAACGGGUGCGGAUAGCAGGGUGGCUGGCUGUUUUGACGCUCUGUUACCCACUAUUUCCUGAUACCAGGCCCUGGGAUAAUCCGAAGAGUGCACCGGAUAUUGGGAAAACCACCCCUCUGAGGCUAUAACGGAAAAUUACUAUUCAUAUAGCCUGAAGGACGGAGCAGAGAUAGUCUACAUACCAAAAUGAGACAAAAAGAGGUGGAGGAAGACACAAAUAUGUUACGAUGAUAAGAUUCUUUACAAAUGUCGUUAUUAUGUUAUUAUAAGGAACACUUAUGACAGCAUCGAGUGUAGGCUAUGAGGUGCAGAAUUGUGUGCAAUCUAGCCGUUAAAUUGAGCCUAUCUGAUGAAGUAGUUUUUGAUAGGCUAUUCCAGCUGCUUACAUCUAUCUGUCUAUACCAAUAUGAACAAUAGGACACAUUUAUUACGUCUAUUACAUUUACAUUUACAUUUUGUUAAUAAUAAUUGCAGUUCAUAAUAACUUCCGUUAUUUUGGACUUCUCAAAUAUGCACCUGUCAAAAUCUCCGUACGAGUUUCCCUCUUCCACUUUCUAACGUCCCCUCGUUUCAUUCCUGUUUAGUCAAUUCACGGUCGUUGACAAUAAACUGAGUUUACCGAAUUUAUAUGACGGAAAAUGUAUGCAAUAGCCGCAUAGAAAAUGGCAAGUGCACGGGAGUAGCCCUGCUGAGACUAUAGGCCACGAUAUUGUCAUCACUACAACCGCUCUCUCCAUUCCUCCCUGUGACAACAUCGCUGGGCGUCUGUAAUGUUAUUACCGCGGAGCCGUUCUGCCGCCAGGAUCGACAGCUAUACAUUCCUCCUGAAAAAAACUGCGAGUUGAUCUCCUUAUCAUCAUAUCAUUUCGCUUUCAACGCACGGACAUCAUGACAAGCAAGGAGCUGUCCGUAGGCCAGUCGGCCCAAUACGUCGGGCCUUACCGGUUGGAGAAAACCCUUGGGAAGGGGCAGACGGGUUUGGUGAAGCUGGGAGUCCACUGUAUCACGGGACAGAAGGUGGCCAUAAAGAUUGUGAACCGAGAGAAGCUGUCCGAGUCUGUCCUCAUGAAGGUGGAGAGGGAGAUAGCUAUACUAAAACUAAUAGAGCACCCUCAUGUGCUGAAGCUGCAUGACGUUUAUGAGAAUAACAAAUACCUGUAUCUGGUGUUGGAGCAUGUCUCAGGAGGAGAGUUAUUUGACUACCUGGUGAAGAAGGGCAGACUGACGCCUAAAGAGGCCAGGAAGUUCUUCAGACAGAUCAUCUCAGCGCUGGACUUCUGCCACAGCCACUCUAUAUGUCAUAGAGACCUGAAGCCUGAGAACCUGCUCCUGGAUGAGAAGAACAACAUCCGCAUCGCUGACUUCGGCAUGGCUUCCCUACAGGUGGGAGACAGCCUGCUAGAGACCAGCUGUGGAUCUCCUCACUACGCGUGUCCAGAAGUUAUCCGAGGGGAGAAGUAUGACGGUCGCAGGGCAGAUGUGUGGAGCUGCGGAGUCAUCCUCUUUGCACUGCUGGUGGGAGCUCUACCCUUUGACCAUGACAACCUGCGCCAGCUCCUUGAGAAGGUGAAGAGUGGGGUGUUCCACAUGCCCCACUUCAUCCCCCCAGACUGCCAGGCCCUGCUCAAAGGAAUGAUCCAGGUCAACCCUGACAAGAGACUCACGCUAGAAGCCAUACAAAAACACUCCUGGUAUCUUGGUGGUCGUAACGAGCCGUGCCCGGAGCAGCCACCUCCCAGGCGUGUGUGUGUGAAGAGGAUCGUGUCGCUGACCGAGCUGGACCCCGAUGUGCUGGACAGCAUGCACUCGCUGGGCUGCUUCAGAGACCGGGGGAAACUGACCCAGGACCUGCAGUGUGAGGAAGACAACCAGGAGAAGAUGAUCUACUACCUCCUCUUGGACAGGAAAGAGCGUUACCCCAGCUGUGAGGAUGAAGACCUGCCGCCCAGGAACGAUAUAGGUCUCCCAGCAGAUCCCCCUAGGAAGCGGGUGGACUCUCCCAUGCUGACCCGUCAUGGCCGGUGCCGGCCGGAGAGGAAGAGCCUGGAGGUGCUGAGUGUGACGGAGCAGGGCUCCCCAACACCCACGCGCAGGGCGCUGGACACCUCCGCACACAGCCAGAGGUCUCGUUCAGUCAGUGGCGCUUCAACAGGGCUCUCGUCAAGUCCUCUCAGCAGUCCCAGGAGCCCAGUUUUCACUUUCAGCCAAUCAGAAGUCACCUCCGCCUCCACCACCCACUCCAAAGACCCCAAACCAGGAAGUGCCACCACUCCCCGGCCGUCACAACGGAUGACCGUGCCCGACCCCAAAACCCAAACCCUGCCCUCCAAAGGGCUCUCCGAUCGCACUCACCUCCAGUCCAUGAAGUCACUACCUCUCCAAGCUCCCCCCUCUGCGUCCCCCUCCCCCAUCCUCUCCCCCAUCCCUCGCUUCUUCUUUUUCCCCGCCCCCUCCGUCUUUAAGUCGGUCACUAAGAGCGUCUAUCCUAACUCUGCCCCUGUGCCACAGGUCACCCCUCAGGGGUCUCCACUCCCCACCCCCCUGGGCACCCCUGUCCACCACCCCCAGCACCCCCCGCCCACCCCUCCCUCCUCCUCCUCUUCCUCCUCCUCCUCGCGGGCAGAGGGAGGCGGCGGGGGCGGAUCCCUCUCCCUAACCCCGCCCUCCAGCCCCGGAGGCAGCGGGGGGGAUGGCCGCCAGUAGCUCCGCCCACUGGAGGACACGCCUCAACUCCUUCAAGAACAACCUGCUGGGUUCGCCACGCUUCCACCGACGCAAACUGCAGGUUCCAACACCGGAGGACAUGUCCAGUCUAACUCCAGAAUCAAGCCCAGAG